UGUGGCAUUACCCUAGUUUAUUCAGCGGCAGGCAAAUUGGGAGGGCUGGGCCCACAGGGCCAAUUGCUAAGUGUAAAGCCGGUGAUGGCCCUCCACCUGCUCUGAGGGAAGAAGAGAGAAAUCCUGGGAGAAAGAGCGUGGAAUGCUGUGUUUGGAGAAAGGAAUAGGCAGGGUUCUGAAAUUGUGUUGUUUGGCUGUUCCCUCUUCUUUACCUCAUGGUGCUUCAGAGCAGCUUUGAUAACUUGGAGUGAGUUGCGGCACAAAAGGAGAUGGAUCCUUCCCUUGUGUUGAUGCUCUCCAACCUCCUCCAACUCCAGAACCAUUUGGACCCCUCCCUCACCACCUCCCUGGCCGAUUCCCAUAGCAGUGCCGCCCCCCUCCUCUUUUUCACAAUCGCGUCUGUCCUCUCCUAUGCUGCGGCUGCCCUCCAAUCUCGCACCACCAGUGGCACCACCACUGCUAGCGGCACAAACAAUGCCGGAGCCGGAGCUGACAGUGACCACGACCACAGCAUCAGCGCCUUCCGCUCUCUCGCCAUGGAGCACAUAUGGGCCAUGGAGCCGCUUGCCCGGGACGCACAGUGGCGGUCCUCUUACGGCCUCUCGUACCCUGUGUUUGCAAGCCUUGUGGACCAGCUGAAACCCCAUCUCAAUCGUGCCAACCUUCCCCUCCCCCCUGACUAUGCCCUGUCUAUGGCCCUUUCCCGUCUGACCCACGGCUCCUCGGCACGGUCCAUGUCCCCAAACUUCAAGCUUGACCCCUUCCUCAUUGCCAAGACCACCAACACCAUCACCCGCCUCCUCUCCACCAAGCUCUACUCCAAUUACAUACGCGUCCCUGUCAGCCACCGCCUACUCCAGACUGUCCAGGCCUUCAAGGAGCUCUCAGGGCUCCCCAACAUUUGUGGAGCCAUUGACGGGAGCCAUGUCAAGCUGUCACGGACCCCUUCCUCGGAUCCACUUGCCUUCAAGUGCAGGCAUAAUUUCUAUUCCGUCCUCCUCCAGGUCAUUGCCGACCAUAGGCACAUCUUCUGGGAUGUGUGCGUCAAAGCCCCAGGCUCUACUGAUGAUGCCUCCCACUUCAGGGAGAGCCUCUUGUACGCUCGGCUCACUUCGGCUGAGAUUCUGCGAGACUCAGUGAUCAAUGUACGAGGCCGCCUUGUUAGGCCUUAUAUUGUUGGGGACUGGUGCUACCCUUUGCUCUCUUGUUUGCUCACCCCCUUCUCGCCGAAUGGUACUGGCACCCCUGCUCAGAACCUCUUUGAUGCUUGCUUGAUGAGGGGGAGGGGGGUGGUGGAGCACGCCCUCGGGUUGCUCAAGGGGAGGUGGCGCAUACUCCAGGAUUUGAAUGUGGACCUGAACCAUGCUCCCCAAACUAUUGUUGCGUGUUGUGUGCUCCACAAUAUAUGUCAGAUUGCAGGGGAGCCAGAGACUCCUCUAUGGAAGGACCCUAAGGAGAUGGGGCCAGUUGCGAGGGUGUUGGAGAGUGAGAAGUUGAUGUAUUAUUGUGGGGAGAGUUUGAGGCAGGCUAUGGCUGACGAUCUCCAAGAGAGGCAGCAGCAUGCUUGAUGAGGUGUGGUAGCGAAUUUUCAAUUCUGGCUAUUCCUUUUGCUGCCACGGAAUAUGGAAAAAUAGCUGCUGUAUUGUAUCGACAUCGUAAAAUAUUGGGAUCAUCUCAAGGCUACAUUAGUUUCCUUUUCUAUGGGAUCAUCUCAAGGCUACAUUAGUUUCCUUUUCUACUUUUGUAGUAUACAUUGCUUCUCUGUUUUGAAUCUUCGAGACUGUGAGAAAGAAGAUCUGUCAAACUCAUUGCAUAACAUACAAGGAUAUUUAAACUGUUACUCCUUGUGGCACAAACU